UCUGCAGCUGACCCAUCAGGCCGCGUUCGAGGGGUCUCCCCGCCUUCUUCGAUCCGUCUUCCUCCUCCCGGGCAGCGUCAGGUAGUAGCACUCUCCCACAGCAGUUUCACCGUCUCUAGUUUCAUCUCCGAUGAACUUUCUCUGGUCGUCCGUCGCUACGAGUAGUAACCAAGGUUCGUGUCAGCUACUAGGAGAUACUAACACUAGAUCGAUAAGUAAACUAACAGCACCAGAGUCCAUGCGCUGCACUUGUAAUGUCAAAUGCAGCCCAAACCAUAAACGCCAGCGGCAACGCGGAAGUCCAUGUCGGAAACAGGACCUAUCUCCAAUCGACCGAAAACCCCGUCCUGGCCGACCUACGUGUUACCAACCCGCGCCACGACAAGAAGCGCAUCCAGGACACCAAGGGCGGCUUGCUCAAGGACUCCUACGUCUGGGUGCUCGACAACCCCGACUUCUGCCAAUGGCGCGACGACCAGCACCAGCGACUGCUUUGGGUCAAGGGCGACCCGGGCAAGGGAAAGACCAUGCUCCUCUGCGGCAUCAUUGACGAGCUGGAGGCAACACGCGCUCAGGGGAGGCUCUUGUCCUACUUCUUCUGCCAAGCCACCGACGAGCGACUUAACACUGCGACGGCUGUACUGCGCGGCUUAAUCUUCAUGCUUCUCGACCAAGACCCGUCUCUUGUUUCGCAUAUGAAGAAGAAGUACGAUGUAGCCGGGAAGGCGCUUUUCGAGGACGUAAAUGCAUGGCAGGCGAUGUCGGAGAUCUUCACGAACAUGCUCCACGACUCGAAGCUGCAAGGCGUCUGGCUCCUUGUCGAUGCGUUAGACGAGUGCUCAACGGACCUUGAAAAGCUACUCGUCCUGAUUGCAGAAACAUCGCAAUCGACCAGUGCGAAAUGGCUCGUCUCAAGCCGCAACUGGUUGCAAAUCGAAGAACGGCUACGCACUGUAGCGCAGAGGCUAUCACUAGAGGUCAAUGCGAAGUCGGUCUCAACAGCUGUGGACAGCUAUAUCACAUUCAAGAUAUUACAACUUGGCCAACUGAAGGGCUACCGAGACGACACCGCCAGCGAAGUACGUCAGUAUCUGGCAUCUAAUGCGGACGGCACAUUUCUCUGGGUCGCAUUAGUUUGCCAAGAACUCGAGAAGACACAGCGCUGGAAGGCCGUGCAGAAGAUAAAGUCCUUCCCACCUGGACUUGAUGCUUUUUAUGAGCGGAUGAUGCAACGAAUUCGUGGAGAAGAGGACGCCGAAUUUUGUAGGCAGAUCCUUGCUCUCGUGGCGACGACCUAUCGCCCACCUUCGCUCGCCGAGUGCACCACACUUAUCGAAGAGUGUCGUGAUCUGGCGGACGAUCACGAGUCCCUUCAGGAGAUUAUCAGCCUCUGCGGCUCCUUUCUCACCAUUCGCGAGGACACAGUCUACUUUGUGCACCAGUCAGCCAAGGAUUUCCUGCUGAACAAGGAAUACACGGCGUUCGACCAGAUCUUGCCUUCUGGCAUCGCGCACCAGCACCAUGUCAUCUUCUCAAGGUCUCUAGACGUGUUAUCCAGCACGCUCAGACGCGACAUCUAUGAGCUGUGCUCCCCUGGAGUCCCUCUAGAGGAUGCAUUACCACCUGACCCUAAUCCUUUAUCCCCUCUGAAGUACUCCUGUACACACUGGGUUGACCACCUUGAGCACUCAAAUCCGGUAGAAAGCCCAGCGCACGGUGAUGUGCAAGACAACGCCAGGGUCCACUCUUUCCUCAAAAGGCACUAUCUCCACUGGCUAGAGGCUCAGAGUCUUUUACAAGGCAUGCCACAAGCAGUGGUAGCAAUGCAAAAACUGGAAACGUUAGUUGCAGGCACAGGAGGACCACAACUUACAGAAAUCGUCCGAGAUGCCCUUCGGUUUGUCUUGUCUUACAAACAGUGUGUCGAAAGCUUUCCGCUGCAACUUUACACAGCUGCUCUUCUGUUUAGCCCUACCCGCAGCGUAGUGAGACGACUUUUCCAAGCAGAAGCACCAGCCUGGAUUGCUGUACUUUCAGAGAUAGACACAGACUGGAACGCAUGUCUGCAGACGCUGGAGGGCCACAGCGACUGGGUCAGGUCGGUGGCCUUCUCGCCGGAUGGGCGCCAGCUGGCCUCGGCGUCCCGCGACAGCACCGUCAAGCUCUGGGACGCGGCCACGGGCCAGUGCCAGCAGACGCUGGAGGGCCACAGCGGCACGGUCAGCUCGGUGGCCUUCUCGCCGGAUGGGCGCCAGCUGGCCUCGGCCUCCUACGACAAGACCGUCAAGCUCUGGGACGCGGCCACAGGCCAGUGCCAGCGGACGCUGGAGGGCCACAGCGGCUGGGUCAGGUCGGUGGCCUUCUCGCUGGAUGGGCGGCAGCUUGCAUCGGCCUCUGACGACAAGACCGUCAAGCUCUGGGACGCGGCCACGGGCCAGUGCCAGCAGACGCUGGAGGGCCACAGCAACUGGGUCAGGUCGGUGGCCUUCUCGCCGGAUGGGCGGCAGCUUGCAUCGGCCUCUGACGACAAGACCGUCAAGCUCUGGGACGCGGCCACAGGCCAGUGCCAGCGGACGCUGGAGGGCCACAGCGGCUCGGUCAGCUCGGUGGCCUUCUCGCCGGAUGGGCGGCAGCUUGCAUCGGCCUCUGACGACAAGACCGUCAAGCUCUGGGACGCGGCCACAGGCCAGUGCCAGCAGACGCUGGAGGGCCAUAGCGGCUGGGUCAGCUCGGUGGCCUUCUCGCCGGAUGGGCGCCAGCUUGCAUCGGGCUCCGGCGACAAGACCGUCAAGCUCUGGGACGCGGCCACAGGCCAGUGCCAGCAGACGCUGGAGGGCCAUAGCGGCUCGGUCAUGUCGGUGGCCUUCUCGCUGGAUGGGCGGCAGCUUGCAUCGGCCUCUGACGACAAGACCGUCAAGCUCUGGGACGCGGCCACGGGCCAGUGCCAGCAGACGCUGGAGGGCCACAGCAACUGGGUCACCUUGGUGGCCUUCUCGCCGGAUGGGCGCCAGCUGGCCUCGGCCUCCUACGACAAGACCGUCAAGCUCUGGGACGCGGCCACAGGCCAGUGCCAGCGGACGCUGGAGGGCCACAGCGGCUCGGUCAGCUCGGUGGCCUUCUCGCCGGAUGGGCGGCAGCUUGCAUCGGCCUCUGACGACAAGACCGUCAAGCUCUGGGACGCGGCCACAGGCCAGUGCCAGCAGACGCUGGAGGGCCAUAGCGGCUGGGUCAGCUCGGUGGCCUUCUCGCCGGAUGGGCGCCAGCUUGCAUCGGGCUCCGGCGACAAGACCGUCAAGCUCUGGGACGCGGCCACGGGCCAGUGCCAGCGGACGCUGGAGGGCCACGGCGACUGGGUCAGGUCGGUGGCCUUCUCGCUGGAUGGGCGCCAGCUUGCAUCGGCCUCUGACGACAAGACCGUCAAGCUCUGGGACGCGGCCACGGGCCAGUGCCAGCGGACGCUGGAGGGCCACGGCGACUGGGUCAGGUCGGUGGCCUUCUCGCUGGAUGGGCGGCAGCUUGCAUCGGCCUCUGACGACAAGACCGUCAAGCUCUGGGACGCGGCCACAGGCCAGUGCCAGCAGACGCUGGAGGGCCACAGCAGCUUGGAAAACGUGUUCGAGGUGACGAUCCAGAAACCAAGCCAAGGUCCUGAUGAUCGGCAUCAUGUGCUCUCACAGCACGGCGUAUGGAUUACAAAUAACUCUCAUAAUAUCCUUUGGGUACCUCCGGAGUACCGAGCGGAGUGUGACGCGGUGAAAGGAUCGAGAAUAGCUCUUGGUUGUCAAUCAGGCCGCGUAUUGCUGGUGCAGUUUGCGUUAGAAAGUCAACAGCUGUAAUUUACAAAGCUAUCCGUCCUU